AUGUCUCCUGUCUACCCUGUGACGGGCAUCAAAGCCGGCAUUACUGGUACCACAGUCCCCCUUCGUCUAGAGGUGGACACCUGGUAUCCCGGCCAAACGCCCGAACACCUCAUCCAGAACAACCUCUUCAUCUGGGCCCUCCGCUUCCUCCAAGAGCGUGAUCCCGAUCAUAAGCUCUCCUUCUUCCAGAUCGCCGGCAUACAUGGCAUGCCAUACCAACCAUGGGAUGAAGACACAGACGCCAUCACUGCCAACGAGGGCUACUGCACCCACGACAGUCUCCUCUUUCCCUCCUGGCACCGCCCUUACAUGCUUCUCUAUGAGCAAGUCUUGUACGAGAUCAUGGUCAAGCAAGUAAUUCCCCAGCUCCCAGAAGAUAAGCAACAGGAAUGGACGGACGCUGCUGCCACUUGGCGUCUCCCCUAUUGGGAUUGGGCCCAGAAGAAGACACGAGAGGGGCAGGAUGAGACCCUGUACGAUGUCCCACUCAUCACCAAGCAGCCUAGAAUCAGUGUCAUUGAUCUUAAGGACGGGGUGACUGUGUUUUACAUUGAUAAUCCAAUGUAUAAGUUCACGAUGCCUGAUGAGGAAAGGAUGGGUUGUUUCGGGAUUAGCGACAUCCAGGACACUGACGCCAACAACAACAUCACGACCAUUCCGGCCCAAGCAACCUCUCGCUGGGCCACUUACGAGCCCGAAUCCGACACCGUCUCCACCCAAUGGACCGAGGGCACCGUCCGCAACUCUCUCAUCACUUCCACACUCAACGAACAUCCUUGGUACGGUAAAGGCAUUGACAACGUUCCCCUCGCCGAGAUGGUCUACCGCCUCUACGUCCACGACUACAUUGCCUCCUACACCCAGUUCGCGACCACCAAAUUCCGCACCUCCCCCGACUAUGACCCCGGCUCACCAGCCGCCUACCUCAACCUGGAGUAUAUCCACAAUAACAUCCACAACUGGACCGGCGGCUUUGACAAAUACGUCGGCCACAUGGCCGAGCCCGCCGUCGCGGCCUAUGACCCCAUCUUCUGGAUGCACCACGCCAACGUCGAUCGCCAAUUUGCCCUCUGGCAAGGCAUCUCCCUCUUGGAUCCCACCAAAAACUGGUUCGAGUCACGCAACGAGCAGCUGGAAGACGACGGGAACUGGUACAUCAGAACCGGCGACCUCGACACCCCCUCCACUCCCCUCGCUCCUUUCCACAAGGAUGCCGAAGGUAACUACUACACCUCGGAUGACGUGAGAGACAUCCACAAACUAGGCUACACCUACCCUGAACUCCAACCCUGGCUAGACAAGUACAAAGACACUCACGGCAACUUCGACGCGAGCCUCUACGUGGCCGACAUCAAAGCCAUGAUCAAAGCCAUCUACUCCCCGGGCGAAAUCGGCGCCCCGACCGAGAUCUCCUCCAUCCCUCGCUCCUUAACCAGCCCCCUCGGCCAACCCGACUUCAACAAAGACAUAAUCGUCAACGUCACCUACAACCGCUUCGCCUUCAACGGGAUCCCCUACACAAUCUACUUUUUCCUCGGCACCCCCUUCUCCCCUCCCUCCUACUCUGACCCCCUUCACACCCACCCCCAACACGUCGGCUUCAUUUACACCUUCUCCAACCCCAUCCACCGCAACCGCGCCGCCCCCGGCUGCGGCAACUGCCGCCGCAAAGCCCUCACCGACACCAAAUCCCGCGCUCAAGUCCCCAUCACCGGCGCGCUCAUCGCCCGACACCCGGCCAUCCACAACGGCAACUUGCCUCACGGUAUUCAUGAGCUGCCCAGCUUGGAGUCCGACACUGUGGGGGAGUACCUAGAAAAACACCUGCAUUGGAGCAUCCGAUCUGUAAGUUUAUCGUCCUUUGUUUACUCUGUUUCUUUGUUGGGGUUAGUCUCGUUUGUUUAG